GGGUUCAUAUUUGGUAAGUUUUAUUUGUUUCUAUGGAAUACUCUUCAUCUCCAAAUAAUUUGGCCAAUCAGAAUUUUUCUUUGGUGGCUGAUGCUAGAUUUUGGUAUUAGAGCUUUUGGGUGUUUUGAUGAUGGUUUUAUCCGUAAGCUUGGUAAUGGCUCAAACACUAGAUUUUGGAAGGAUGCUUGGAUGGGCAGCUCUCCAUUGAUGUUUUCUUUCCCUUGCCUUUUUUGCCUUACAUUAAGCAAGGAUACUCUGGUUGUCGAAUUGAAGCUGGAUGUAAGAGUUGACAAGUUCAUUUGGAAGCACUGCUCAAUAGGUUAUUCCUCCAAGCAAGCUUACAAAUUUCUUGAUGAUUUCCCUCCUGCCUUGAUGAGAAAUGUUGCAAGGUGAUUUGGAAUCAAUUUAUUCCAUCAAA